CAUUUGAGGAUUAGCCCUUGUACGCGAUUUGGGCACAAGAUGGUAUUCCACCUGUUGUUGACAUAAACAAAAACCAUUUUUGAAGCAAAUUUGAAUCUUGGUGCAAAUUUUAUUUGGGUCCUAAAAAGGGCCUUCCGUACCAACAAAAAAAACCCCUUAAAUGUCCCUUUUUUAUAACCUAUAGAAAGAGAGAAGCGGACUUAUUAACCCCACGCCAUGUGGAAUGCGGCUCAAUACUUUCACAUGUUCUUCCGGACUUCCAUCGUUCUUUAAUCCACUCAAUGUUGCCAGAAUCACCUCGUAUUCGAUCCCAGAUCGCGUUUGUAACCAACAAUUAACCAAAAAUCGCAAUCCCCAUUCAGAACUUCUACAAAUUUGCUUGCAGCACUGCGGGAGAAUCCAAGCCCACAACCUGUUCGACGAAAAGCCUAAAUCACUUCUUCAAGCUUUGAGAAUCGCGAAGGUCAUCCAUUCAAAGAGUUUGGAGAUUGGAGUUGGCCUCAAAGGGUUGUUAGGUAAUGCGAUUGUUGACCUUUAUGUCAAAUGCGGCGAUGUGGACUUCGCUCAGAAGGCCUUUUCCCGGCUUGAGAAGAAGGAUGUGUUUGCCUGUAACUCGGUGCUUUCUAUGUACUCGAAGCAGGGUUUAUUUGCAACUGUUUUUCAAUCUUUUGUGUCUAUGUGGAAUCAUGGGGUGCGACCUAAUGAGUUUACGUUUGCGAUGGUUUUAUCAGCUUGUUCUAGAUUGCAGGAUGUUAACUAUGGUAGACAAGUCCAUUGUGGUGUUUUUAAGAUGGGGUUUGGGUUUCGUUCUUUCUGUCAAGCCUUGAUUGCAGGGUAUGUUCGAGAUGGCUUCCCUAAGGAGGCAGUCAAGGUGUUUGAUAGAAUGCAGAGAGUUGGACAUGUUCCUGAUCAGAUUGCGCUUGUUACUGUUAUAAAUGCUUAUGUGGCUCUUGAUAGGCUUGCUGAUGCUCGUAAGUUGUUUACCCAGAUGCCCAAUCCUAAUAUUGUAGCUUGGAAUGUGAUGAUUUCAGGGCAUGCGAAGAGAGGAUGUGCUGAGGAAGCUAUUUCGUUUUUUCUUGAAUUGAAGAGGGCUGGCCUAAAAGCCACUAGAUCUACUCUAGGAAGUGUUUUAAGUGCAAUUGCUAGUUUAUCGAUGCAUAACUAUGGCUCAAUGGUUCAUGCGCAGGUGAUUAAGGAAGGGUUAAACGAUAAUGUGUAUGUAGGAAGUGCAUUGGUGAACAUGUAUGCCAAAUGUGAAAAAAUGGAUGCUGCAAAACAAGUGUUCGAUUCUUUAAGUGAGAGAAAUCUCAUCUUGUGGAAUGCUAUGCUUGGAGGUUUUGCACAGAACGGACUAGCCCAUGAAGUGAUGGAAUUUUUCUCAUAUAUGAAACGGCAUGGACCUCAACCUGAUGAGUUUACUUUGACUAGUAUUUUCAGUGCAUGUGCCUCCAUGCAGUAUCUUGAUUUUGGUCGUCAACUUCAUACUUUUAUGAUCAAGAACAAGUUUGCAUCUAAUCUAUUUGUUGCAAAUGCGUUGGUAGACAUGUAUGCUAAAUCAGGAGCUCUAAAGGAAGCAAGAAAACAAUUUGAGUUGAUGAAAAUUCAUGACAAUGUUUCAUGGAAUGCAAUAAUUGUGGGGUAUGUACAGGAAGAGUAUAAUGAUGAGGCGUUCUUCAUGUUUCGAAGGAUGAUUUCCAAUGGGGCUCUUCCAGAUGAGGUGUCUUUGGCCAGUAUAGUGAGUGCUUGUGCAAAACUUCAGGAGUUUAAAGGAGGCCAACAAUGUCACGGUCUCUUAGUUAAAGUUGGUUUAGAUACAAGAAUUUGUGCUGGAAGUUCCCUCAUUGACAUGUAUGUGAAGUGUGGCGUUCUUUUGGCAGCUCGUGAUGUCUUUAAUUCUAUGCCCUCUAGAAGUGUUGUCUCAGUAAACGCUUUGAUUGCUGGCUACACCAUGAGCCACUUAGAGGAAGCUAUUUAUCUAUUUCAAGAGAUGCAAAUGGUUGGACAUAAACCUACAGAAGUCACAUUUGCAGAGCUUUUAGAUGGAUGUGAUGGAGCAUCUUUGCUGAAACUUGGAAGGCAAAUUCACUGUCAAGUUAUGAAGUGGGGUCUUCUAUUUGGUAGUGAAAUGGUGUAUGUCUCUCUUUUGUGCAUGUAUAUGAACUCCCAAAGACUCUCAGACUCGGAAACACUCUUCUCUGAGUUGCAGUAUCCAAAAAGUUUAAUUUUAUGGACUGCUUUCAUUUCAGGAUAUGCCCAAAACAAUCACUAUGAGAAGGCUUUGCGAUUCUAUCAACAUAUGCGAUCGGAGAAUAUCUUACCCGACCAAGCAACAUUUGCCAGCGUUCUUCGAGCAUGUGCUGGAUUGUCUUCUCUACAAAACGGUCAAGAGAUUCAUUCCCUCAUCUUCCAUACUGGCUUUAACAUGGAUGAAAUAACCUGUAGUUCUCUUAUAGACAUGUAUGCAAAAUGUGGUGAUGUUAAAAGCUCUGUUCAAGUUUUUCAUGAAAUGCGACGUAAAAAUAGUGUCAUAUCUUGGAACUCCAUGAUAGUUGGACUUGCAAAGAAUGGCUAUGCAGAAGAAGCACUUGAAAUAUUCAACCAAUUGGAGCAACAACAAUCCAUCAUACCGGAUGAAGUCACAUUCCUUGGUGUUCUAUCUGCUUGUAGCCAUGCUGGGCGAGUGUCGGAAGGCCGAAAGAUAUUCAACAUGAUGGUUAACCAUUACCAGUUACAGCCAAGAGUUGAUCACUUGGGGUGUAUGGUAGACAUUCUUGGGAGAUGGGGUUUCCUUAAUGAAGCAGAGGAGUUCAUUAACAGGCUUGGAAGUAAAGCAGAUCCAAUGUUAUGGUCCACUUUGCUAGGGGCUUGCAGAAAACAUGGAGAUGAAGUUAGGGGGAAGCGUGCAGCUGAGAAACUUAUGGAACUGAAACCACAAAGUUCUUCACCAUAUGUGCUGCUGUCUAGCAUAUACGCUGCAUCAGAGAAUUGGAAACGAGCUGACUCUUUAAGGAGGGAAAUGAAAUUAAAGGGAGUAAAAAAGUUGCCUGGAUAUAGCUGGAUAGAACCAGGAAGAGAUAUACGAGGCAGCUCAUAUACGAUUCGAGAGCCUUGCAACACCUGAUGUAAGAAAUAAAUUAAGAAAGUCUCUAACCAUUCCCUUGUUUAUAAUAACAAUGAAGGAUCAAAAUGCUUCUGUAGACCUGUUUUAUUUAUUUAUUAUUUUUUACGAUAUGUGGAUAUGAGAA